CAGUAGAAAUGACGAAUAAUGGCACAGAAGCAAAUAACAGAGCUAAAGAGUUUGUUGAGUAUCAUCUUCGUUGUUAACGCUAACGACGGACCCAAAGUCCUCUUCAGAUACCCCCACGAUGUAGAUAACAGAAGUGAAGACCGAACUAUCCCCACCGGGGUUUUCUCCAAGAAGGGAGCCUCAGUAGAGGAGCCCGCUGUAGUGGACAGUAAAAUGGUUUUAAACGGUCUAAGGGAUUCAAGUCUAGAGAGUCUCCUCAUACCCAGGACACCUCAUUGUUGUCAUCGACCGUUCCGUGUUUCUGUUGACAGUUUAGUGUUCUUGGGGUACCCGUUUCAGCCUGAUAGCGAGGUUAAGUCUCUGUAUAAUAUCAUCUUUGUGGUUGAGAGGGACACGGAACCACAUAUCAUGGAAUCUCUGAUCAAUCUAUCGACGAGGAUGUCUGUGGCAUACGCUUAUGAGGAACGUAAUAACUCUUACAUUUCAGAAAACCUAGAUAUGAUUGGAAGAUACUACAGAGAAGCCGAUAUACCCACCAGAGAGCAUAUUAAUCCUCAUGAAAUAGAUGAGAUGGAGAUUUCUAUCGUGGAGCACUGUCCGUUUAGUGAGAUGAUAGACGAGGAAGAUAGUUUACCGGCUAAUCUCAGUGAGGUUUUCGACUCCAUCAAACAUGAUUUAUCCGCUAAAGUGCUGAUAAACAAAACCAUUAACUUCAGUUUUUUCAUUCAGCUCCACGAGGCGCAGAACUGUGCAAUUAAAACGAGCGUGGCUCCGUUUGAAAGUUUCAUUAUCUUGGAGGACCAUGUGGAAAUAAAGAAAAACUUAAAUCAUGACAGCUGUCCUGGUCUGAUAAAACUCCUCGACCUGCCCAGGCCGUAUUUCAGAAGUCUACGUGAUAUAGCGUUCAGUAUUGAUCUGGACUACCGUGAGGUGUGCAGGGCAGUCCUGGCACUGGUCCGCUGGAGGAAAGCCCUGAUCGUGUAUCCGGUAGUCAGCACCAAUGAGUACAUGGUAUCCCAUGCUGUUCCCAUUUGCAAGUACCCCGAGCACGAUGAGAUAUUUAGAGAGGAGUUCCCCGGAUUUAACUUUUACGAUGAACUGAGCAAGUUUUCUGUGAGGAAGAGUCUAAGCGAGAUCUUGGAUUGCUUCAAAGACAAGGAGACGAUUGAAUCUUACAAAAUGAUUGUGGUUUGGUUACUGAGACGGAAACUUCUGGUGCAGCUGUUUGCCCAUGUUUACAUCAAGCCUGCCCAUGACUCCAGCUCGGAAACAAAACUCAUAUGUCAGAACCAGAUACUACCAGCUGAACUCAGUGAGACUCCAGACAAAACCGAUCUGCAAACUCCUGAAUCUCCCUUAAAAAAUUGCAGCUAUCCGAGUCUAACCAGAGGUAGUUACAUCAACGACCAGACCAGAACGAAUAACUUCAGACAGUAUCUUUCACCACAUCAGUUCCGCAGGUUGAAAGAUAUUCAAGAUGUCGACAGCACUGUGUUGACGAACUUUGCUAAAGUUUUACCUCAUGCCCAUGCCGGGAGAACAUUCGAGGAAAUCUUGUGGAGAACUAAUUUACAGCAGCACGAUUUACAUGACAUAAUUUAUAGAACAUUUAGCGAAUUCCUGAUAACUGUUCGUCAUCCGACAUCCACGUAUUGAUUGAACAUGUCUUCUGAUUUUGUAUGCACUUAUUAUGAAUGCUGAAUGCUCGGGUAGAUAAUUUUGUGAGUUUUUUUGUUUGAGGCCUCAUCGUCCAGACGUCCACCAUCCAACCACCGUUUUUUUUUCUUUGUCCCGAAUUUUAUAAAUCUCAACUAACCAUCUUCAAAUUACUGGAUAACCGUUUUAAGGUCAAUCACAUAUUGCUGGGUGGUUGUGUGUCAUUAUUUUAAUUCUUAGAGUUUGUUAGUGUAUUUAAUUGUAUACAAUACUGAUUGCGACUGUA